AUGAUACACUGCAAGUUGACCGAACAGGGCGAGGAGUACAUCGGAAGGAGGAACGUGACUUUCUCGGACCAACCUUGUCUACCGUGGAGAGGCUUCGAAGCGAGUGUAACUAUUUCUUCAUUCCCGGAUUCUGACGAUGUCGACGCCCAGCACAACUUCUGUCGCAACGCGAGAGUUCCCGCUAUGAUGACUCCCAAUGCGAAACUGGUUGCUCCAUGGUGUUAUAUUGAGGGUGAGAACAGAGAACAGGUAGAACAUCCCAUGCAAUACUGCAACGUAAACUUCUGUGAGCGCCGAGUUCAAGUUGGAGCCGCGGGGCACGUGUAUCCUGAAUGCCGACUGUCAGAGAAAGGGACGGAAUAUGUGGGAAGCCAGAAAGUGACCGAGACUGGGAAGACUUGCACACAAUCGGACGAGGAAACCUUCUCGCCUGAGGACUUCACAUAUGAGUUCUUUGUAAAAUAUGCCUUCUACUAUUCGAUUCCCAUGUAUAGUUAUUGCCGCAACUCAAUGCACUAUGACCGGCCUUGGUGCUUCGUCUCCGACUCCAACGCUUCAUGGGAGUACUGUGACAUCCCGUUUUGCCACGACCCAAAUCCUCCGGAAUUCAAACUGAGUCCACGUGGAGUGGAAUAUGUGGGGAGAAUGAACGUGACGAUAUCGGGGUAUCCCUGCAAGCCUUGGUUAAAGGCGUGUCCGAGACGUGGGCUGGAAGACGUAUGUGGAAGGUUGAGUCUGGGCCUUUCAGACGAAGUGGAUGGAAAUCACCGGUUUUGUCGUAAUCUGAAGCCAGGAUACCACGGCCCAUGGUGCUUUAUUGACUCUGAAGAAAAAGAAGCGCCCGACUGGGAGUAUUGCGAUGUUCCCUUCCGUUCUCCCAUGGAUGGGGAACGAUGCGACAUUCGAGUGAAUGGGGAUUGCGUCAGGCCGCAAGAGUGCAAAAAGGACAAGAAAGGGAAGGAUUACAUUGGGACGAAGAACGUGACCAAAAAGGGUUUCCCGUGCCAACUGUGGCUAAGCAAUUACCCGAACGACCAACUCAUCACCGUCCUGGACUACGAAGAGAACAAUCGACUUCCGUGGUAUAAUAUGGAGUGGACAGGUUCCAGUCUGACGUACAAGUAUGCGAGCUACUUUCCCGACGACUUGCACCCACAGCACAACUUCUGUCGGAACCCAAAUGAAGACGAAGAAGGUCCUUGGUGUUUGAAUGCUGCAGGGAGGGGACGGGAUUUCUGUGACAUUCCCCAAUGUUGACCCGUCCUCGAAGAGACAAGUAUGACGACCGUUUUAAUGAUGUUCAUCUUACCAUCCAAAUGUUGAUGAUACUUCAAGUGUUUUAGCCCUUGAUAGCACUCCAAGUUCUCG